AAACACGUGAGGGUGAAGGAGACGCAUGGGGCAGGGAAACAUGGCUGCCUGCAGCAGAGUGCCCUUGCAGCGGCUGCUGUCCGCCCGCUCCCCGCGGCUGACCUGCAGCAGGCAUGUCCAGGCGGAGACCGCUGCAGCGGCGGCAGCAGCACCGGUAUACCCGCCGGUUUUACCGUCCCGCACCGCGAAGAGUAAGUCCGCUAAGCGGCGGGUUCUGCUGGAGUUCUACGGGCAGCUAAAGGAAGCGGAGCCGCGGGAGAAGAUCCGAGCGCUGACCCGCAUCCCCCACAUGAAGUACGUGGUCUACCCGCAGACGUUCGCUCUGGGCGCGGACCGGUGGUAUCAGCACUUCACCAAAACCGCGUAUCUACCUGGACUUCCAGAGAGACUGGCGGUGAACGCUGACCCGGGUCAGGAGCUGAAGUCUGGGGUAGAUGACUCCACACUGUCCGAGCUGAGCUCCGCGGUGCGCAGUGCUCUCCUGCAGGAGAACUGGUACAUGGAGAAAGGCAGGACUUUCAUUCACAAGCAGCAGAAAAAGUUUACUCUGCCUUUUAUAACCAAUAUAGUGUCUGCUCUUGUCAACUCGCUGGCCAGCAAAAACCCUGUUCUUUCUCUGUCCAGCUUAGAUUUUGAUCCUCAGGUCAACUUUUACUGGGUGAAUGGAGAAAGAACUAUUCCAAGAGGGCACAGGAGGGGUAGAGUUGAACCUCAGAGGUUCCAAAUUGAUGACCAACCUCACAGCCAGAUUAGAAUCCCACAGCAGCUAGCUGAGUUUGUGCCACUUGACUCUCAAAUAUCUGCUGAAGUCCCAGUCAUUCAUCUUGCUCCAGAUCGGCUCCCUGUGUUCAGAAGACAGUAUGACAACAACGUUUACACAGGUGCUAAACUGGAAGACCCAUGCUGCUAUGGUCACACACAGUUCCAUAUUGUCCCCGAUAAGUUCCGCAGGGACAAGCUGAACAACAAAAACAUUGCUGAUCAUACUGAGGUGUUCUUGAGAGCCAAUGCUAUUGCUAGUCUCUUUGCUUGGACAGGAGCACAAGCCAUGUAUCAAGGUUUCUGGAGUGAGCAGGAUGUCAGCAGGCCAUUUGCUUCUCAGGCUGUCAUCACUGAUGGCCAGUACUUCUCCUUCUUCUGCUAUCAGCUCAACACGCUGGCCUUGAGCUCGUUCUCCACUCCGGACAACCUGCGCAAGAACCUGUGCUGGGGCACGGAAAGCCUGCGCCUCUACGAGAAGGUCUCAGACGGAGACGUGGUCGGCUGGGAUGACCGUGUUCUUAGGCUGCUUGUGCAAUUUCUGCUUAACAAGCCACACAAUUAACCAAGAGACAUUGAAGUAUGAAGCGGUUUAACUUUCACUGUUAUCGUCAAUAAAUAUCUUAUAUGCCACA